AUGAUGACUGCAAAUCCUGAUGAACCUGAGGAAUCUAAUACAAUAGCGCCGGCUACCCACGUCCCCGCAACGUCAGGCACAACACUCCUGCCGCGCCCAGUCGCGUCCUUGGUAUCCCUGCUGACCCAAUCCACUUCACUGACUUUACGCAUCGGUUCGUUCUUCGGUGGGGUGGCUUUGGAUGGCGCGCGAGCAACAACCUUGACGAGUUUAGAAUUGGGUCGCGCUGUGGUCGAAGGCAUUUUAACGCGUGCCGGGCGCGAUGUCGCGAUUCGUAGUGGAGAUGAACUUGGACGGGUAGAGGCUGAAUCAUUGUUAGAACGAAGUUUGGCAACAUUACAUUCAACCGUGACGUCGGCAUCUUUCUUUGCCGCGGCAACUUUUCAUUUCUCGUCAACAACCUUGUCGUCCGUGGCAAAUUUCUCGCAGGCCCUUCUGUCGACUUUAGAUGCAAUCUUAGGGUCGACCGAGUCUUCCAGGGCCAUUGCGGCUAUUAUUACCCUUAUCCGGCGCGAAUUUAGGUCCGUCGAUACCGGUACAAGUACCGAAAAAAUUGGCGUAGGGGACCUGUUCAUUGGCUCGGUGGGGUUUGCCCUCCUACAAAGAUGGGGGAAAAGGAACACUGAAAGGCGAUUACGGGAAAAUGGCGGGGAUGAAGUCAUUUGGGAUACUGUCAUCCUUGACAAUGGGGCUCGAGCAGAUGUUGUUGGCACGCAUCCAUUACAACUGGCAAAUGGAGAACGUGAAGAAAGGCCUGAAGAGUCAGAAAGUGCUUCAUUCAUGAUGCCGGGCACUAAUGAUCAAGGAUUCAAUGCUGUCCAGCGGCGUUCGAGUAUCCCGGAUUCAUUUGCGGGGUCUCGUCUCUCCCUACCACUGGACAAUCAACAGCAGGUUUCAGAUGAAGAUAUUCGAUCUUACAUUAUGAGCCAAUUACCACCGGGCUGUCAUGCGUCGAUAAAAUCUGAGGCUUUAAACGCGCGGACCAUCACAGUAGAUAUUUUCGACGACGAGAUGGCUGAAAUCGCAGCUCCUCCUGGGACUACAAUGGUGGAAGAACGAUUUCACCAUCAUGACUAUGCGAGUCCUAGUGUGCCAGAUUUCCCGAAACUCCCAAGGCACACUCUUGUCUUUCGGACAGCCUUUAACAAAUCGCAAAGCACGCAGCUUCGUCCCCAGGGACGUUCGUCUACAUCAGAGUUCACUGAACCUGAUUACCAGCGGUCUUCGCCCGUGAGGUCGACAUUGGCUGGAAACCCGAGGAGCCAGUUUAAUCGUGUCGAGUCACAAGGUUCAUCCAGCGAUGCCACAAUCAAAGAUGAACCCGUGAUUUCUAGGCCCCCAACUGGCCAGACUGAACAGACACCUGCGAGCAAAGGUUCUAAAUUUCUCCAUCGUGCCAAGUCUACUGGUCUUGAGAAGACCGACAAUGUGAAGCGACCGCUGCCGAAAAAGCCGACAAUUAAGGCACCUGGAUCAUCAGGUACAACAACUAGCCGAGCGCCUGCCAAGCCUGUGAGAGGAGCGACGUCGGUGAAAGAAGCAACUGCGCGAGAAAGGGCGAAUCGACCAGUUCCAGCCCGACAGUCGGGCCCAACAACAGACCAUAGACCUUCUACGCCCGGGCCAAAUAGCGGCUUGCGAAGAUCACCUUUCUCUAAUUCUCCCCAGGCCCAUUCUCCACGGUCGCCAGCCAAGCAUGCUCCUACCCAGGCUAUGCAUGAUAGGGGCAACUCCAGAGCCGGGCACUAUGUGGUGCAUGAAAGAAGUCAAGAGUCUCUUCUUACUCAUACCGAUGCCUUCUCCCGUCGUGCUGCAGACUUGCGCCCGGGAUCUCCUGCCGCAUCUCGAGCCCAUGUUCGUAGCACCAGUUCCUUGUCAGUAUCAAGGUCUGAAACAGAUGGGCCUAUAUCCAGUGAUCGCCCGGGGUCGUCAGCUAUGCACAGAAGAUCGCAGUCAUACACCCCUAGCAUGUACUCUGUUGCGACAGCGGGCUCCGAAACCUCACUUUUACUAGCCCAUCGUUCGCGUAAAAGCGCAUACGAAGAUAUGGAUACAAUCCAUGCACUCAACCGCGACGGCAUGAUACCUGGCAUCUUCCCCAAACGGCACUUUGUUCAAAACAUUCGCCGGUUCUGUCGGUUUUCCUCCGCUUCCUACGGUUCCAGUGCGUUGAAAGUCAUGGGCGUGCGGAAAGAUGCGAAAGACAUCCCACAUAAAAUGUCUGAUAGCCACGAGCAUAGUGCCUUUGAGCACAACGCAGGACUUCCAGCAUCGACCAUCCUGCUAUCUUCCUUCGUGGAUCCAGCCGGAGGCUCUAACGCGGCCGGUGAGACGGAAAGCGGCUUCCCACUCGUACACUACCUGUCCAUCGACCACGAGUCUAAAGCCGUAGUGCUCACACUCCGAGGCACCUGGGGCUUCGAAGACAUCCUCACAGACAUGACCUGCGACUACGAUGACCUGGAUUGGCAAGGCAAGAACUGGAAGGUUCAUAAAGGAAUGCACGCUUCCGCAAAGCGACUCCUUGAAGGCGGCGGUGGCCGAGUCAUGAUCACCCUCCGCGCAGCCCUAGAAGAAUUCCAGGACUACGGCGUCGUUCUCUGCGGUCACUCCCUCGGCGGCGGCGUAGCAGCUCUCCUCGCAACCAUGAUCUCCGAGCCCAGCAGUUCCCCAAUCGGCACCUCCUUCGUCACAGCACCCUACCACCCAACCUCUCGCCAGCAUCAAAUCCGUCUCAUAACCGCCGACAUCACCACCGACACCACAACACAAGCCCCAACAACACCACCCCCACCCCCACCACCACACUACGACCUACCCCCAGGCCGCCCAAUCCACGUCUACGCCUACGGGCCCCCAGCCGUAAUGUCGCCCUUCCUCCGCCUCGCAACCCGCGGCCUAAUAACAACAAUCGUAAACGGCCAAGACGUCGUGCCCACGCUCUCCCUCGGCAUCCUCCACGACAUGCACACAGCCUCGCACCUCUUCAAAACAGACGUGUCGGGCGCAAAGUCGCACAUCCGCACCCGCCUCCACGAAAGCCUGCGCCAAAGCAUCGUGCACAAAUUCUACGUCAACCAGCCCCCGCUCGUGGUGAAUGCGGGCGACGGCGUAGGCGAGGACGCCUGGGCCUGGAAGACUCUCGCUCUCCUCCGGGAUGAGAUGCGUGCGCCUAAGCUGAUGCCGCCCGGUGAGGUCUUUGUUGUUGAGACCAUGCGCGUUUUGCAGCGGGAGGCGUUUACGCCGCAGCCUGAGUUCGGGUCGGAUGGGUAUCCGAGGCUUGGGCGGCCGGCUACGCGGGUGCAGAUGAGGUUUAUUCGGGAUGUGGAUGCUUGGUUUGGGGAGUUGAGGUUUGCGUCGGGCAUGUUGAGUGAUCAUAAUCCGGCGAGAUAUGAGACUAGUCUUGCUGCGUUGGUGAGGGGGGUUUUGGAUGAAUGA